AUAAUUUCCAUAUAUCUACGUAUAUAUGUUACUUAACACCGUAUAAGCAUCUAUUAACUAAAGUAUAUGAUAUGAUUCUAGAAUUUUGUUUAUGCUAGUCACGCAUCUUGUGAAACAACAUCAACAUCUCCCUUCACUGAUUACGGUCUCCGCCGAUAAAUAGUCUUGUGGAUGCUAGAUCCAAACGAUAAGUCUAAGCGUGCCAAAGCCUUUUGGAAUCAAAAUAAAUAAUAUUAAUAGCUAUAUUAGCCAUGCUUAUAGUAGUUACAAGGAUUAUUACUUUAUACCUACCCGGGUAGGUUAGGUGACAUCACGACAAUGUAAUGCGGGGACAGAGCAACAUCAAUUCCAACAUUAAAGGCAUCGAAUAUGUCUUUGAAACUCGGAACUCUAACAAUUAUACUGUUGAUGAAAUAAAUUUAAGAUUGGAACCUUAGAAGAUGUUGGUCUAUUUACACACAUGGAUCUUCUUUUUCUUAAUAUUAGAAACUUUAACUGUGACUGGUAAACACCCACCUACCGAGCAGAUCAUCAUUGCUCCACCUGAGCAGCAUCGGCUAGAUUCAGACGUAUACAAGGUCCAGCAUGAGUUGAAAAAGGCAGAGAUCUUUCCAACAGUCAUUGACAAAUUUCUCCCCUCAUUUCUCCUCGACGCGGAAUGGCCCUCGGGAGAACGUACGGAGCUAGGGAAUACCGUGAAGGUGGGCGAUGUGCAAGACGAACCCACCAUCGCAGUACGUCAGAGCCACUCCUCAUCGUUGUCCGCUGAGCAGCGUUCCGGCGCGACCUACACAAUCAUCAUUACCGAUCCGGACGCUCCAUCUCGCGACAACCCUGAGUGGUCCGAAUUCUGUCACUUCAUCGCCACAGGGGUGGAUAUCUCAUCAUCGGAAUCUGCUGCUCUCCGUUUAUCUAGCUUGAAGGAAAUUAUACCGUACAAACCUCCUGGCCCGCCACCAAGGACUGGAAAGCACAGAUACGUGUUUCUGUUAUUCGCUCCCGCGAACGGCACUACAGACCCGCUUCACCUGACCAAGCCGGAGGACAGAAAGCACUGGGGCACGGGUAAAGCGAGACACGGCGUGAGGGAUUGGGCAGGAAAGAACGGUCUCAAACCCGUUGCGGCGAAUUUUAUCUAUGCUCAGAAUGAGGAACAAUGAUGUUCACCUCCCUUCGAAGUACUUAUUAAAAGUAUCUAAUGGUAGACUACCUCUUACGAAUAACUAUGUCGAAGGCGUUGGUUCAUGUGCUAGACAACGCGGCCGCUUUAGGUUUCAUUCUUUCACAUGACUGGCUACCAUCUAAAUCUUUCCACCUUUUUAGUCUUGAGAACUCUGUAGUAUCUGAAAGAUGAAGGUAUAUAUAUCUUACAAGUUCCAUGAUGGCACAGCACUGCUAGUGAAUUCAAGGCAAAUAGUCCGGAAAGAAUUAAGGGGAAAAUUUCUGUAAUAUAAAAGAGAAAUGGGAAGCAAAAGUUAUGUGUUUAGAAUUAGACCCUAAUAGCACAGCUCUAUUCAAAAAGUUUCAUAACGCA